AUGGGCUUCACAACUGGAUUUACUGGAGGUGUAACUCUCACCCUCUCAGUAGCUUACCUAGGUGUACUAGCACACCAACGACACCGAGAGCGUCAAGCUGCCAUCCUACGACAGCAAACUCGUCUAAUAUCUGGUAUCAUCGACCCUCUGCCGCCUGUCUUGCCACCCACAAGGGCCGAGCUUGCAGCAGCCGAACGUGCCAAUCUUAUCGAGAGGGCUAAAGAUCGGUGGAAUGCUGAAAUAGAAGGUGCUGUCCAUUGGGCUCAGAAUAAAGACUGGGAGGAGGUGCGCGAGAAUGUCGAAAUCGCUUUCGGUAGGCUCUGGGCUAGGACAUUUGGUGAUGUUCAGGGACCUAUAGAGAAGGGUGAUGAGGUGGCAGCAAACGUAAAAGCAGUUGCAAAUACAAAACUGGACCAGGGCAAGGAGAAAGCCUCGAGUGUAGCUGCGGCGGCCAAGAGCGCAUAUGCGGAUGCAAAGGCCAAAGGCUCUGAGGUGGUUGGGCGUACAGAAGAGAAGGCUAAAGAAUCCAAGGGCUCAUUCCUAGGUGGCUUAGCAAGCAGUAUCUGGAAGAGCAAGGAUGCAGUUGACAAGACAAAGUCGGCAGUGCCACCAUUCGACCAGUCGGAUCCUCAAGCAGCUAUGAAGUAUCAAGAGGAGCACCAUCAAAAGCACGUAGAGCAGCACCAAGACCGAGAACAGCAACGCGAGCAGGAACAGAAGCAGUCCCAGCCCUCUCACCAUCGUCACAACAGCAAAGGUGUGAACAACCCUGGUCCCUCACAGCAACGUCCUUAUCAAAGCACGCGUUCCCACUCAACAGCUACGCGAAUUCCAGGACCACUUGAAUAUCCGUCUCGUCCGUCUAAUUCUCAGCGUGGUGCUGUUGGCCUAGAAGAAUGGGUUCCCCACUCAUUCACGUCCCCUUCUCUCUUCACGUCUCCGCCCCGCACAAACAUACAGCAAGACGUAAAAAACACCAUGGACCAAGCCGACAAAUACAGCGCCACAGCCCUAGUCAACGCAGACGAAGAAGCAAGCGCUAUCGUGCAGGCUAACUCUCCUCGCUCCUGGACCUCCAGCUCCAGCUCCGGCCACGCCUCCGUCUCCACGCUGACUACCAUCUCGCGCGGCGUAGCCUACGACAGACACAGACGCCGGGAUUCUUACGAGUCUGGAUCGGGCUCAGGGUCUGUGCACAGGAAGUUGAAGAAAGGGGGUUUUCGCGCGUGGGUCUCACGACAUCUGCGCGACUAA